UGCACGUCUCCAAGUGCAGAACUUGGCUACAACCUUCCUUCUUUGUCGAGACUCUCUUCCGUACAGCUGAGAGAAGAAACUACUUCUAACUUCCAGAUGAGCACGAAUGAAGUUUUGGAGGAAAGCCUGGUGCAACACUUUCCGCAGGUGGAUUCCUCAGGAGAGAAGAGACUUCAGGAUGAACAGCUGCCAAGGGCUUUGGGGCUCAAAGAAGCUUUGGGGCUCUUGUCAGGACAAGACUUACAGACAUUGUGCUGCACUGAUGGCUUUUCCGUGACUGAUUUACGCGCUCUUUGUUAAGAGCAGAUGCCCAAUGAAGGUAGAGCUUUGAGCAUGCGCUUAAUCGUGGUGUUUUACUGCUCAGUACAACACUUGCAUUGUGUUAUGAAAAUAAUGGCUUUGGGCUAGGCAAUCUUUCUUUCCUAAAAGUUGUGGAUCAAUAGUUAAAACCACAAUGAAGUGUAUUUUCUCUCUUUGCCAAAGUGAAUGCACUGCUCUUUUCAAAUUUUAACUAAUCUUUUGAAAUUUUAAAUGCUGUGCAAAAUUGCAGUUAAAAUGCCAUAAACCAAGCUCACUGUGAUUUUCUUCUUGUAAAAAAUUUUAAAAUAACUUUAAAACAGUAAGCAGAUUAUGCUGAUGGUAGGAAAAUGUUAAAAAAUAAGCAUAAAAAGAAAAUAAAAAUCAACUCUUACCUCAUCAUCCAGAAAUAACUAUCCACUCUUAACUUUUGGGUUGCUGUAUAUUAUUAACUGAGAAUUUAAACAUUGUUUCGUGGUCAAGUAUAAGAAUCUAAACAAAGUACUUCUUCUCAAAACAUCUUUAAGUGCUCAAUAAAUGUUUCCUAAUAUGCAGCCCUUCUACUUGAGGAUAGCUGGAGACAUGUGUAUCAGUUAGAUCUCCCUAAAACCCAGAGAAUAUUUGAGUAAUGAGCUCCUUCCUAUAGUCUGGGCUGCUUUGGUUUUGCCUUCCUACUGCUGAGAUAAAAGGACAUUGUGUUGGGGCACCUGGGUGGCUCAGUCGGUUGAACCUGCGACUUCCGCCCAGGUCAUCAGGUCAUGAUCUGACAGUCGGUGAGUUGGAGCCUU